AUGAACAGAGUUUGUUUGGAUUUCGAGGACCCGAUUGGUGACGCGAUUUCCAGAAUCCGAUUUGCUCCAAAUUCAAAUAAUCUCCUAAUUUCUUCGUGGGAUUCUUGUCUUCGAUUGUAUGAUGUGGAUAGUUCUCUGGUUAGAUUAGUGACUCCCACGGAAGCUGCACUUCUUGAUUGUUGUUUCCAAAACGACGACGUCACGUUUAGCGUUGGCUCUGACGGUUCCAUUAGAAGGUAUGACUUGCAUUCGGGAAUGCAUGACACAAUCGGAAAUCAUGAUGAUAUUGCAACAUGUCUUCAGUAUUCAGAUGAAACUGAGCAGCUACUUACUGCUGGUUUGGACAAGAAGAUAAUGUCCUGGGACAUGCGCAUGGGAAUGGCUCUGGCUUAUCAGAAAAAAUUAGGUGAAGAGGUGGAUUCCAUGUCACUGUCUGGCUUUGAUUUGAUAGUAGCCAUUGGAGCAUCAGUACAUAUGUAUGACUUACGUAACUUAGACAGCUCAGUACUAUCAAGUGAAUCACUUAUGGACCAAAUAAAAUGUGUCAGUUCAAUUCCUUAUGCUAGAGGAUAUGUAGUUGGAUCAACAGAUGGACGAGUAGCAGUGAGCAUCUCUGAUCCAUCUGAUUCAAAUAAUGGGGGAUAUACUUUUCGGUGUCAUCCAAAGUCAAAGAAUGGAAGAUAUCAUGUAGUCUCAGUGAAUGAUAUUGUAUUCAGUCCACUCAUGGAUGGUCCUUUUGUUACUGGCGAUAAUGAGGGUUCUGUUAUUGCAUGGGAUGCCAAACACAAAAGAAGACUAUUUGAGUUGCUGGAAUUCCCAAAUAGUGUGGCAUCAUUAUCAUACAACCAUGGGGGAGAACUUCUUGCUGUUGCAUCAAGCUAUACUUACCAAGAAGCUAUUGAAAGUGUGCAGUCGGCUUGUGACAGAGAAGAGCCUCCUCAGAUAUUCAUUCACAAAAUGGAUGUUGACCACCUGAGAUCAGUUUCUGUUAGAAGUAGAAGUAGGAAAUGACCGUAUGAGAGGGUUUUCAAAAUGAGGUA